AUUGUUUAUCAACAUUGCAGCUGCAAUGCAAGGUCUUUGAACAAUGAAGUGCGAAUGGGAUCGGUAUCGGUGCGAUUGUGCUGAAAUAAAUACUUAUUAGUUCAUGUUUAAUGUAGCUUAAGCGUCCUCUACUAUUAAGUUUGAUCAGUCAUCGCACAAUGUUUUAGUUUUUCGAAAAAAACAUCCCUAUAUCCUACUCUAGAUUUUAUUGUUUACUGCUCAUUCACGUCUACUCACCUACUCGUCACGCCCUUAGAUUUGAUGAACUAAAAAGCAUUUUUUCGGCUGUUAAAUGAUUCAAGAUGAAAGGAUACAAAGUAACAGACGCAAAAUGGACAAAAAUUGUGGGUAUUGCUGCGAAUUCUUUAUCAGAACUUGUAUUGAAAGGCUGUAAAAAAUUGAAUAUUACAUUUUGUGAAGGCAUCAAAGCUGUCUUACAUGAUGGCACAGAAGUUGACUCGGAAAGUUAUUUUAAGACUCUUCCAUCACAGUCCUUGUUAAUCAUUCAGGAGCCUGGGAAGGAUGUGCUCACAGGUGCCAAUUUGAUUUAUAAUGCUUUGACACUGCUGAAUCUUGAGUGUUUGAAAGCUGGAGAGCUUGUAAAUCAAUUUUUCACAGAAAAUAUCAAGGAAAAGGUGAGGGAAUUGGCAAAGGUUCUGGACGAAGAAGAUGGGGACAAAACUCUGGUCAGCAAAAAAGUAGAAGAUCCAGAAUGGUUUGCAGGAUUAGACACCAACUCUACUACCAAGGAAGAUUUCAUGUUUCGACGAUGUCAGGAUCGAAUAAGAGGUUACUUGUACAAGUCGAAGAGUGACAUCACAAAAUCAAAAACAUACAACCAGGACUUUGUCGCCAAAACCAAUCUACUAAAGAGUUUCCAAUAUUUUUCUAGUCAGCUUCAAAAGGAUAAACAUUUUGGAUUUUAUUUUGACAGGAGUAGUACAAAGGCAAUGUGUAACAAUAAAGGUGAUUUUUAUUGUAUGGGGCCGUGGAAUGAAGAGAAGUGCUUGCAUGGUGAAAAAGGGCAUAUCAUCAAUCCGUACCAAAGCAGAGAAGCUCGGAUUGUUUUUUCAACCUGGAAUCUAGAUCAUUGGAUUGAAAGAUCCAGAUCAGUACUCCCCGCACUGUUGAAUGCAUCGGAACUAGUAAAGGAUGGUAAUUAUGAAAUCAACAAUGAAUAUUUUUACUCCCUUCUUUUCACAUCAAAAAAUCUAAAAUUGGUCCACAUCGUUUGCCAUGACAAAGGAGAGCACAAAACAGCGAAGUGUGAUCCACUUUUGACCAUCUGUAAGUUGGAUAAAAAAAGCAAGUCAAAGUCCUAAAAUAUAUUUAAUUUGAAAUUUUUUCUGCUCAUCCAUGAUGAGUAAUUAGUGCAUGAAGCAUUAUCAAAUGGUGCUCAAUCGAUUUGACUAAUCAAUAUGCUAAUCGUUAUUAGUGUAGCCAAUCUAGUCAAAGUAGUGUUCCCCUUAUAACAACAGCGGUUUGUGCAAAAACUGCUAUGAGCUCGUCUCAGAGGAUUUCAUAUUUUCAUUUGUCUUGACAAGGAUCGUUAAUUCACAAGUCAAAGAUAUGCUGGAUAUUGUAUGUACUGUAGUACACCUGAAAACACUCUUACCAGUACUGAAUUUUGCUCUUCAUCAGCAAAUGUAUCUUCUUCAAUAAAAUAUCCUAAAAAUUUUAUGUCCAAGACUACUGUAGCUUCUGCAAUUGGUUUUUUCUGCACUUGAAUUUUUAUCAAUCAAUUCUGCUUGUGAAGCUCAAUGGGAGCAUUUAGAAAUAAAAAGGAUAUUCGACUUAGAGGCGCUUUUGCACAAACCUCUUUGUCUGUACUUGUGUUGUUUUAAUGGUAGCUUCUUAGCCCCCUUCAAGACUAUUUUCAUAUUGUGAUUGAAUUUUUUAACAUAAAAGGAUUUAGCUAGAAAUAAGAGUGUUGUCUGAUUAGUGAUGUCCUUAUCAAGGGUGAUAUUUUGUAAAAAUAUCUGAAUGACAAUUAUGCAAGUAUGUUUUAUAUGAUUUUUCUUUUAAAAAUUAUCAUUGAUUUCAAACAUUUAAGAAUCAAUCACCGAAUCAAUAAUUUUCGCUAAGUUUGGUGUGAUGAUUAGGGGCUGUUUAAAGUUUUUACAAUACGUAACAUACGUUUACAUGAAAAAAGUCAAAAUUUGAUUAACUUUUGUUAAUUUUAUGUGCUAAGUGACUAUAUCAAGUUACGUACUUUGAUUUAAUGCUUUCGAAUCAAAUACUUUCAUUGAACCAUCUUUGUUCAUCUUAAGUUUGUAGAAAAAGAUCCCUAGAUCUUUCAUUUUAAGGAAAAAUAUUAUGAUGUAUCUUUCUUUAAAGGCCCAUGAUCUCUCUUGAAAAGAAGUACAAUUCUCACUGAUCUCUUUUUCCUCCUAAAAAGAUAACUUUUUUUUAUCGAUCUCUGUGUUAUUGAAGAACAUUCUACUCAAAUAUUACGUUGAUAGGUCUGAUAUAUACUUGUUUUUAUAAAUUGGUUUCUUAUGAGGGAGUAACUUACUCUUGAUAAGUUGAUUUCUUUAUACUCUUAGGUAAUGAACUUCCCUCUGUUUCUGAGAGUCAAUAAUACCCCAGAACAAAGCAGGACAUUUACUAGGCAGUCAGUUUCAUUCUGCUGAGACUGACUCCUAAUUUUCACUGAAGUAACAAAGUUAUAAUCCCUCUGAAAUUAGUACAUUCCAUAGGGAAAAGUUCUUUUUGGGAUGAACGUGAAAUUAAUUUUUGUCAACUGACAAAGGCAUUGUAAAUUUUUGACAUCUUUUGAUGAUUUUAUCUGAUUAUUUUAAACCCUUGUUCGUCGGUCAUCUAAACGACUGGUUCCCCAACCUCUUUCAGUCAACCAAAUUCCUAAUGUGUUCCCAUCGCAUAACUUAUGCAUAAAACACACAGCACAUUCCGAAGUGUUUUUUACAAUCAAAUUGACCUUUAAUUUUUCCUCCUUAAAUAAGGACUCUUUCAAUUUUCCAACUCUAAGUGAAGGAUAUUGAAAAUAGUGAAAAAUUCAAAUUUUUCAUUGAAAUAUCUCACUAAAAUCAUGUUUUCCAAAGUUUGACUUCAGUUUUUAGAAAUCCCAAUCAUUGAUUUUGAAUUCAAAGAGUCAGUUUUAUGAGAUGAUUUAAUGUUCCUUGGUCUAUUUGUACCUAAUAACCUCUAAUGUUUAGCAAUUCUUUUAUCCACCUUUGUAUUAGGGAUAAAAUUACUGAAAAAUUCUUCAUUUUUGUGAAUGUUAAUUUUUUAUGGACUCGAAUAAGCAAUAAUCUGAUCUUUUUUGUAAUUUCAAAGUAUUUGUCAAACAAUUUAGCAGCAGUGUUAGCCUAACAGCACUUUUAAUUUUGGACGGUCGGCCCUAGGCGAAACUGACAAAUGGAUAUCAGACAGUAGAGUGAUCAAUUUAUUUGUCGACAAGUUAUGAUCUUGUACCUCUCUGAAAACUCUCCGGAAGUUUUCCUCUCUAGUUCAAACUAGUCGCAUAAUUUCUGAUCCCAGUUCCAAAAUGAGUCUGAGGACACUUAUCAGGUGCAGGCGCCUGAUAGUGCACCCAUCACUCCAAUAACGGCUUGUGCCAUUGCCAAUGUGUUAAUUUAAUUUUUUAAGAAGCAGUAAACUCUGGAGGCAUUGUAUAAGGCGCACACGUUUGUUUAAUGUUCAGGUUUUUUUUUUUUUUGUUUCUCAAAUAUCUGUCGAUAUUAUUUUUAUUAAUUUUUUUCUUUGACAAAGACAAGGCAAUAAUUGUCGUAAUUUAAGGCCUACAAUGAAUUAGUGGUUUUUCCCUUGCAAUUCUGAGGGGUGCAAAAAAUGUGUAGGGGUUCCUUCUUCACUCUUGUAGCAUUUAGGUUAGCGAAAGAAAUAACAAGUGAACAAUUUUGAAUGAAUCGAUAACCUCACAUCAUCUAUCUUGAUAAUUAUUGUUGUGUUGAUUUGAAGAUCAAGCAAUUUUGUUACAGAUUAUGGGAAACGUAAAACUGCAUUCAGGAAAUAGUUACGUCAUUAGGUGUGCCAAUAAGUAAUCACUAUUGCAGCAUAUCGAUGGCUAAGGUUGAAAAAUUCAUAACUCUAUUGUUAUGUCUAAGGCUCCAUGAUCUUGAUGUAUUUUCCUGUAAGAAAACUAAUCAAAAUUCAUAAUAGUUGAUUCUUUAAAGUAAGUAGAAACGUGCAGUUGAACAAUUGGAGCCUUGCUUAUUUUGACUUGGGAACAUGCUGAGAUGAACAGUAUUAGAUAAUGUUAAAAAUAAAAGAAGAAGAGCCAACACGCUGUGGAAAUAUGUCAUUUUACUCACACUAGUGGGUUACAUUGCUGAGGCCUUUCGGUUGUACACAACUAUCUUCAAGGACACUACGUAUAAGCAGACAAGCAAAAAAAGGCCUGCAAGGCCUCGGCAAUGAAACCAACUAAUGUGAGUAAAAUGACGUAUUCCUACAGCGUUUUGGCUCUUCGUAUUUUAUUUUUAAAAUUUUGACUUUAGCCACAGAUAUAUCAAGAUAAAAGUGAGCCAGUAGUAUGGAGAGGUUUUGGAAGGGUCACACUCCUGAGAGAGGUGAGGAUCUAAAGCCCUUCAGCCCCUCAUCUACGUGUUCCUUAUUUAGGAAGGAAAACACAGUGUAGAUCCCCAGAUAACCCCCUUAUUUUGGCCUAAGUAGUUACAAUACCUAAAUAAUACCUAGUACCUAAAUAAAAUAACAAAAUAGGUAGUUGUUAUGGCAUUUCUUACAUAACUAUCUUAGUCAGCUAAUAUUGAUUACAUGUUAGAGCUUUUUAAUCCAAAGACUUAUUUUUUUAUCUCAAUCUUCUUGUACAUGGUUUCCAAUAAUAUUUUAUAAUUUUGAGGUGAAACAUCCUUCAGUUCGUUGAGCAGCCUGUAAAGUGGAACUAAGACAUUCCAGUAUUUUGAUGAUCUCCUUACAGAUGUGUUUCAAGCAUUAUGGUUUACACAUAAGUGAAUGAUCAGAUAUUCACAAAAAUGUGACUGUUCAGAGGAAAAUUGAUCAUAGCAUGGAGAAACUUUUAUGUGAGAUUCUAGUACCACAGCUUCCAAGAGAAUGUUCCAAAAAUUGUGCACUUAAAAGGCACAAAAAUGUGAAACUUAAUUAGAGUUUUUAAGCUUUAAAGUUUGCAGCUCAAACAAAGUGAUUUGAAGUUUUAAUCUGUCCUGAGUAAGGCUUGAAGGCAACUUUACGGUCUUUGUUCGCAGCAUAUAAUUGAACUGAACUGUUCUGCAUGCAAUGGAGUGUUUAUCACCAGUUAUUCAAUUGUCUGUUUCAACUAAUCAAAAAUUUUCCUCUGUAGUAAGAGAUCCUUUUUCCUGUGAACGGUUACAAACGAUAGAUUUAGAUGAACAUUCAUAUAGAGAGGUAGUAAUAAAAUUUUACCGAGGAAUAAAUACAAACGCAGGUAUGCAUUUGUUAUCUUCAGUCAUUAUAUUACAUUAAUAAAUAAAAUGAGACUGAUAAACAGUGAAAUUCUUCCAAUUUAUAACUGAUGUUGAGACAUUGGCUCGCAAUAUUUAAAAACUUAAGCUUAAUGCACUUAUUAAAAAUUCACUGUUAAAGUUUCGAAAAAGUUAACAUAACUAUCAACUCUUGGUUACAUUUUCUAUUUCAAUUGAACACAUGAAUAUUUAGUGCUAAAGUUGAGGUUGAAUUUUUCAUAAAAUGAUCAUUUAUUUAAUCAGUUCUUGAAGUGAUGCUGCUUGAACUGCAGUUGUUUUAAUCGCAAAGAGGGACAUAAUGUAUGGAAGAAUCCGACCCCAAAUAAUGAUUUUCUACAAUAUUUUAUUACAUUUGCUGUUAUUAUUUUGUUUACUACUGCUUGAAUAGCAUUUGUGUUUACGUACAAUGUAGUUAUUGCUGUUAUUAGUGUAAGUGAUAUUAAGUACUAAACGCCUUCCAGCGCGUCUUUUAGAUCUUAGUAUAUAAAUCUUAAAAGUAUUAUACAUGCAAAGCUGUGAAUGUGACUUAAUUACCAAAAAUAAAUGUUCAAUUCUAUAUCAUUGAGA